AUGAUGAUGAUGAUGACUCAGCUAGCAAGUUGGGAAAUAAUGGAGGGUGAAGAUAAUGAAAUGGAAAAUCUUCAAAAGGCACUAGAGGAUCUUCGAAUGAAAAAUGGACCAGAGAUGAGUGUUGAUACAGAUGAGCAAACAACUGAAAGCAUUCAGACAAAUGGUGCACUUUCUAUACCCUUAGCUGCCCUUGGAUUCAUGACAAGGUUAGCAAGUGGAAUUUUUUCUAAGGGUCAAAGAAACAUUACAGUUUUAGGUGUGGGACCCUUGUGA